GUCAAUGCUACAGAAAACGGCAGCACUAGCAUCGACUUGUGCGAUAUCAUCACAGUGCAUCACGUGAUUUCGCGUUUCAGCGGCAUCGGACGCGACCAACUCGGCGCGUGUUGUUUGCCUCGAGCAGUACUGGUGAGGGCGAAUUUUGGGAAGCAGUUGGCUUUCUUGAUAUAAUUUUGAUUAUUGGAGCUUAGAAACAUGCAACAACCCCAACCGCACGCAGUGCGAGCACAAGGGGGUCAAACACCUCAGAGCGCUAAACGACUUCACGGCCCCUCCCAGCAAUCUGCUGAACGCCUGUCUAAACCAUUCAAGUGUCCUGGCCUAGCUACGGCAACAAUCACAUCUAACAGAACCAGUCGAAAGCGACGCAAGGUUGAUUAUUCCGGCGCCGACGGGACCGCCGAAGAUGAUAUCAAUAAGCCGUGGACCAACGAGGACCGUCUGGCACUAGCGAAUCGUGAUGUCAAUAAAUUUGGUGUUUUUAAAGUCAAGGACAAGGAUUCGAUUUUCAAACAGCGGUUCUCGGUGCCUUUGAUUAAUAAACUGGCCGGUGGUUAUGAUCCUUCGCGGCCUGCGCCAACUCUGGGCAUGAGACGUGGUGCUACAUUUGUAGUCAAACCUUUGCAUGAUCCAAGUGGAGAGUUUGCAAUCGUGUUAUACGACCCUACCGUUGAUGAUAAACCAGCCACUAACAAGGAAGAGGCCGAGAAUACCACUGAAGAACCACCCAAGUUAGACGAGCCUCUAGUGCACAAAAGUUUGGCAGAUAUCCUUGGUUUGAAGAAAAAGGUUGAGGACCGCCCGAAGGUGCCGGUCGUUAUUGAUCCAAGGCUAUCAAAGAUUCUUCGACCGCAUCAGAUCGAGGGUGUUAAGUUUCUUUACCGUUGUGCAACCGGUAUGAUUGAUGAGAAUGCGAACGGAUGUAUUAUGGCGGAUGAAAUGGGUCUGGGAAAGACGCUGCAAUGCAUCACCCUAAUGUGGACGCUGCUGAAACAGUCCCCGGAGGCUGGCAAAACUACGGUUCAGAAAUGUGUUAUUGCUUGUCCAUCGACAUUGGUUCGUAAUUGGGCAAACGAAUUAGUGAAAUGGCUCGGCCCAGACGCUAUCACUCCCUUCGUUAUUGAUGGUAAGGCCACUAAGGCCGAACUUUCUAGCCAACUCAAACAGUGGGCUAUUGCCUCCGGUCGCGCAAUCGUGCGUCCCGUUCUGAUCGUCUCUUAUGAGACACUCAGAUUGAAUGUUGAAGACCUCAAAGAUAGCCCGAUUGGCCUGCUACUAUGCGACGAAGGUCACAGGCUGAAGAAUAAGGAAAGUCUCACAUGGAAAGAACUGAACAGCUUAAAUGUUAGCCGUCGUGUUAUUUUGUCUGGCACUCCUAUUCAGAACGAUCUCUCGGAAUAUUUUGCUUUGGUUCAUUUUGCAAAUCCAAAUCUGCUCGGCACACAGAACGAAUUCAGAAAGAAAUUUGAAAUUCCAAUUUUGAGAGGCAGGGAUGCUUCAGCCACAGAUGAGGAUCGAAAGAAGGGCGAUGAACGGUUAGCAGAGCUAUCGACUAUCGUCAACAAGUUUAUUAUACGACGCACAAACGACAUUCUCUCGAAAUACCUGCCUAGAAAAUACGAGCAUGUCGUCUUUUGCAACCUUAGUGAAUUCCAAUUGAGUUUAUACAACCAUUUCUUACAAAGCCCCGACAUUCGAAGCCUUCUAAGAGGCAAAGGAAGUCAGCCGCUUAAGGCUAUUGGACUUUUGAAAAAACUGUGCAACCACCCGGAUCUUCUGAACUUGUCGGACGACCUGCCCGGAAGCGAACAAUUUUUCCCCGAUGACUAUGUUCCUCCAGAGGGAAGAGGCCGUGAUAGAGAUAUCAAAUCUUGGUAUUCUGGAAAAAUGUUGGUCCUUGACCGCAUGUUGGCGCGGAUUCGACAGGAUACAAACGACAAAAUUGUUUUGAUCAGUAAUUACACGCAAACACUUGAUCUAUUCGAGAAACUCUGCCGAGCCCGAGCUUAUGGUUGCUUGAGGCUGGAUGGAACAUUGAACGUUAAUAAAAGACAAAAGCUGGUGGACAGAUUCAAUGAUCCGAACGGCGAGGAAUUUAUAUUUUUAUUGAGCAGCAAGGCAGGUGGCUGUGGUAUCAAUCUGAUUGGAGCAAAUAGAUUGGUCCUUUUUGACCCCGAUUGGAACCCUGCGGCGGACCAACAAGCGUUGGCUCGCGUUUGGCGUGAUGGGCAGAAAAAGGAUUGUUUUGUAUACAGAUUCAUCGCAACUGGCUCGAUUGAAGAGAAAAUCUUCCAGAGGCAGUCCCAUAAGCAGUCACUGUCUUCUUGCGUGGUUGACUCUGCAGAAGAUGUCGAACGCCACUUCUCGCUAGAUUCUCUCCGAGAACUCUUUCAGUUCAAGCCUGGCACUUGCAGCGACACUCAUGACACCUUUAAAUGCAAAAGGUGUAAACCGGACGGAACUCAACACACCAAAGCACCUGCUAUCCUUUAUGGCGAUACAAGCACGUGGAAUCAUUUUGUGAAUGAUGGUGAGAAGGGGCCCUUAAACAAGAUACAGGAUUUGCUCUUGAGGCAAGAGACAUCGGAGAGGGACGUCUCUGCUGUUUUCCAGCUCGAGAAGAUUGUCCGCGAUGCUACGAUAAAAGAAGAACAUGACAGGAUCCAAAAGAUCGUAGACCAGCUGUGCCACGAUUAUGCUUAUGCGGUGCACCAACCCCACGCACGCAAUGGAGGGCUCAUUGGGCUUGCUGCGGCAUCUAUCGCUUUGGGAUCAGAAGGGGUAGCUCCAUAUCUUCAGGAAAUCGUUCCCCCGGUUCUCGCCUGCUUUUCCGAUCAAGAUGCACGAGUCAGAUAUUAUGCCUGUGAAAGUAUGUAUAACAUUGCAAAGGUCGCCAAGGGAGAGAUACUGCCGUUCUUCAACGACAUCUUCGAUGCAUUGUGCAAGCUCGCAUCCGAUUCUGAGCUAUCUGUCAAAAACGGAGCAGAACUUCUUGAUCGCCUUGUGAAAGAUAUCGUUGCCGAAUCCGCCGCGUCGUAUGUUUCAGUUCUACAACUCGAGGAGAAGAAUUUACUGGAUUCAGGCAAGGUGGGAGAAGAAGACGUUUCGAUAGAACUUCCGACUGCAUUCUCACUUUUGAAGUUCAUACCCCUUUUGCAAGAACGUAUACAUGUUCUCAACCCGUUCACUCGAACCUUCCUUGUAUCGUGGUUGACCUUACUCGAUACGAUACCCGAUUUGGAAUUAGUUGGCCAUCUGCCAGCGUUUCUUGGCGGCCUGAUUAAGUUUCUGGGAGACCCCAAUAAGGACGUGAAUGUUGCUACACAAGGUCUUCUAGAGAGGUUUCUCUCGGAGAUCAAAAGAAUUGCGCGCAUCAAGAAAGGCAUUGCAGAAAGCAAGAAGAGCAGAGAAGAAAACGUCGUGACUGUUGCUAGCGAAAAUGCCAGUAUUGUCACCGGUAAUAGCGAGGAGAUCAAGAGUAGUGACAAUGCUGUGGCGGAUUCUGUGUCGGGGGAUUCCGACAAUGAAGACGAUAUCCAGAGCAUCACUGUCGAUGGAGAUUGGGUGCCAGGACAGGACGCCAAUGUAGAUUACCCGAAAAUCCUGGAGAUCUUAGUUGGUUUUGUAGAUACAACGUAUGAGGAGGAAAUGCAAUUGACUGCACUGCGAUGGAUUGAUAGCUUCUUUGAAAUCAGCCCAGGAGAUAUCCUGCAGUUUGUUCCAGCGCUCUUAAUUCAGGUUCUUCCCGCCAUUUCCAGUGGAUCAGACCAAGUUCGCCAAGCCGCAACAAGGGUUAAUACAUCGCUCAUGGAAUAUAUCGUUUCUCUUUCAGAUGAAACAUCGGUAUCCAGUCAACAGGCUGCAUCAAAAGCGGGGCCAGUCGCAGUAAAGGAAGAAGAAGAGAGAAGAACUUCUGUACAAGGUAUAAAACUUCCGCUUGAAUCUUCCAACGGCACUGGUCCGUCUUCUAGCCCUCCAUCGGAUCUAGACUACGCAGCCGCGGUCAACUCUUUGACUUUACAAUUUCUAAAUGAAAACGAGGGCACAAGAGUUGCUGCUCUCUCAUGGCUGAUCAUGCUUCAUCGUAAAGCUCCUCGCAAGGUUCUUGCUUUCAACGAUGGCACUUUUCCAGCUCUCUUGAAGACUUUGUCGGACCCUGCCGAGAUAGUGGUUACCAAGGAUCUUCAGCUGCUCUCUCAGAUUUCUCGCAACAGUGAGGAUGGCUAUUUUACGUCGUUCAUGGUCAAUCUGCUCCAGCUGUUUUCAACCGAUAGGAAGUUGUUAGAGGUUCGUGGGAAUCUUAUCAUUCGCCAGCUUUGCAUGAACCUGAGCCCAGAACGCAUUUAUCGUACAUUGGCCGAUUGUUUAGAGAAGGAAGAGGAUAUUGAGUUCGCCAGUAUCAUGGUGCAAAAUCUAAACAACAAUUUGAUCACGGCCCCAGAACUAGCCGAUCUUCGAAAAAGACUGCGUAGUCUGGAUUCUAGGGAGGGACAAAUACUUUUUGUGGCGCUCUUCCGGUCCUGGUGUCACAACGCUGUGUCUACAUUUUCUCUCUGUCUACUGGCACAAGCAUAUGAGCAAGCAUAUAAUUUACUGCAGAUUUUUGCGGAACUAGAGAUGACGGUUAAUAUGUUGAUUCAAAUCGAUAAGCUCGUACAAUUGCUAGAGUCACCAGUCUUCACAUACCUCCGAUUGCAACUCCUAGAACCAGAGAGAUAUCCAUACUUGUAUAAAUGUUUGUAUGGCGUGCUCAUGCUUCUUCCUCAAAGUUCAGCCUUUGCCGCAUUGAAAAAUCGUCUCAAUAGUGUGAGCAAUAUUGGUCUGCUCCAGGGACCACGUCCACCUAUCUCUGCUAGCGGAGGUUCUUAUGACCGUCCUGGAGGAAGUCGUUUGAAGAGUCGCGAAGAUAGCUCCAUCCGAUGGGUUGAGCUGCUUGACAAAUUUAAAAACGUACAGGAAAAAGCAAAAAGAUCUCAACGCCACUUACGACACCCAUUUGAAAGCGACUUAUCCGGAGGUGGAUUAAGAGGGCCUUCAUUGAUGGGUGCACUCAAUGCGGCCUCCGCUACGGAUCAACAUGGCCCAAGAGAUAAAUCCCUUCCUGACGUACCCAGGGGUGGUUUCGGGAACACUGGGCUGGGCAUAUCUGGGCGUGGGUCGGAUAGCGGUACACGAGAUGGUCGAUCUACCCCUACAUCUGGACAUAAGGGCAAGUCUAGCUUGAGUAAUCUCGGUCGAUUGGGAAUUGGGGGAAGAAAGAAGAAUUAACCCCGAUUGUAUACGAUGUAGUUUCCUAGUUACGGUUUGUCAUUCAUGAUCCUGGGAAAUUUGAUCAAGAUCGUUCUCGGUUGAAUUUAAUCCUUACCUAAUUCAUUACACUUGAACAUAUAUUUUCUCGGAUUUGUGAAGCAUAAUUACAGCGUGAAGCGGACCAUGCUAAAUGGGUAAAUGUCGUGUCAGGAUAUUCCCAGAUCAGAAAGAAAACAAGAAACGUUAGACACCGAACUCCUAGCACAGAUCACGCAAAUUCUGAGUCCUAUAAACAAGCG